AUGCAGAACUUCAUCUGGGCUCUGCUAGGCCUGGCCAUUGUGCCUCAAGCCCUGGCAGGUGACACUCUAUCCACGGACGGGUUCAAUCUGUGCAUGAGCGAUUCGGCAAUUAACGUCCAAAAGAUGGAUGUUACCUACACUCGCUCUACUGGAGUAGUUGUCUUCGACUUGGCUGGUACCAACUCGAUGGAACAGAAUGUGCAGGCGUCUAUCACCGUCACUGCCUAUGGCAAUGAAAUCUACAGCAAAGAGUUUGAUCCCUGCGGUAAUGAGCUUCAUGUUGAGGAGCUCUGCCCCAUCCCCAAGGGUGCUUUCAAGGCCAGCGGAUCCAUGGAGGUUCCGUCCGAAUAUGCUAGCCAGAUCCCUGGUAUUGCGUUCAAAAUGCCUGAUUUAGAUGGUCAGGCAAGGCUUGUCCUUAAACCCUCGAAAGGCCAGAAUCAACUGGCAUGCGUCGAGUCUCAAUUAUCCAACGGCCAUACCGUUGACGUCGGCGCGGUCAAAUAUGUGUCGGCCGGCAUCGCGGUAGGCGCUCUAGCACUGAGCGGCGUCUCUGCCAUUGGCUCAGCAGGAACUGCUGGAUCAUCGUCGUCUAGUCCUGGAUUUGGCGAUGUAAUGGGCUGGUUCCAUUCCAUGGCCACCAAUGGCAUGCUCAGUGUCGCCUACCCCCCUGUCUACCGCAGCUUCUCCUCAAACUUCAUGUGGAGUACUGGUUUGAUCCCUUGGGCUAGUAUGCAGCAGUCCAUCGACAAAUUCCGAGAGGCCACUGGCGGUAACUUGACCACAGAAAGCUAUGAUUUCCUGAGGAAUUCCUCCAUUCAGCACAGUAGCUCAUCAUCCACGAAUACGACAAAACGGAGCUGGGAUUACACCAUCGAAUUUGGCGAGAUGGUUGCUCGCUCGGUUGACACAUCCAACGAUGCUAGUGUUUCAGAGAGCUCUUCAAACAGUGAGGAAAGUACCUCUUCGAGCACUGUUAGCGACAUGAAGCAACUCGCUCAAGAACUGAUGGUUCCUUCUGCCAAUGUGUUCAUGACUGUUCUUCUGAUCUUCGCCAUCGUUAUCGCUGUGGUUGUCGUUGGAAUUCUUUUAUUGAAGGUCGUCCUGGAACUGUGGGCCCUGUAUGGCAAUUUCCCCAAUAAGCUCUCUGACUUCCGGAAAGAUUAUUGGGGCUUGAUGGCGCGAACAAUCACCAACAUGAUCCUUGUGCUUUACAGUAUCUGGGUGCUAUACUGUGUCUACCAACUACGAAAGGGUGAUUCAUGGGCAGCAAAGCUGCUGGCUGCCAUAACCCUUUCUAUCUUCACAGCGGUUCUUCUUUUCUUUGCCAUUCGCAUUGUCUACAUGGCUCGCAAGUACAAGAAGGCCGAGGGAGAUACCGACAGCCUCUACGAGGACAAGGAAACCUGGAAGAAAUACAGUCUGUUCUACGAUAACUACAAAAAAGACUUCUGGUGGCUCUUCAUCCCCGUCAUUGUGUAUGCAUUGGUCAAGGGCUGCAUCAUCGCCGGUGGCGAUGGUCACGGUCUGUUCCAAAGCGCCGGUCAGCUCGCCUGCGAAAUCCUUCUGUUGGGACUACUAUUGUGGAGCCGUCCAUACGUCACCAAGGCAUCAAUGGGGAUCAAUAUCGCUGUCCAAGUCGUCCGUGUUCUGUCCAUUGUUUGCGUCCUAGUUUUCGUCGAAGAACUUGGUCUUUCCCAAACAACAAAAACCGUCACUGGCGUUGUCCUCAUUGUCGUGCAGUCCACUCUUACUGCAGUACUCGCCAUUCUCAUCGCAGUCAACGCCAUUAUCACAUGCUGGCGCGAGAAUCCGCAUGCUAAGCGGAGAAGAGAAGCUGAAAAAGCAAACCGCGAUAUUGACGAUCUAACUCCCUUGGAUGCCCGAGACUCCCUCCUCAUGGAUCACCCACAGCGCAAGGAAUACGCUGAGAUGAGCAACUUCAACUUCACUGGCCCGUACGAGUCUUACCGAGAUGAACCCAAGCGACCCGGAUCGAAUGGUAGCAACGAACGUGAUGGCCUAGUCCGCAAUGACUAUGGCGUCGCUCACGGGCGCAGCGCAAGCCCUGACAGCCACCGCUCGCGAAGCUCUAUCGAAGACCGUCGUCCCACAGCCCCGGGUUACGGCAUGGCAUAUUAA